UGUUGGCACCACUGCCAUCGUUCCAAAAAUGUUUGACGGGCUCGGGAGUGAUGGCAUCACUGCUCUCAUAUAGGAUGGCAGGGACUGGGGCAUGAUGGCAUCACUGCCGAGGCAUUGAGAAGAAAAAACGUGCGCGGCGGCUGAAAGCGAUGAUUACCAUCAGGUAACCCGAAAGAAGAGGGGAAAGCGCCCAAAAACUAACGCGUCAUCGGGGAGUUGAAUCAAAAAAGGGGGAUAGGAAGCACGCCUUUUUUGAGCGCUUCGUUUUGGUGCGAUAUGCUUGGUCUUGGACAAUAAAAUAAGUGAAUUACCAAUAAAGCAGCUGCAAAAACGUGCUUGUGUGAAAACCUUUUUUUUUUCUGUGAUUCUACUCGAACAUUUCUCAAAAAAGGCGUGAAAAUUUCGUUUUUCACCAAACAGUGUUGAGUGCGAGAAUUUCAUUUCUCGAUAAAAGCGUGAAAAUUUAGUUUCACGAAAGCGGUGCGAACUUCAUUUUGUAUCGAUGGAUGCUAGUGGAAAAAGUGUUCGUGCUCGGAGCUCGCGUAGUUCCCGGUCGCAGUCAUGGGAAAUUGCAAGAGUGCAAAAUAACCAGGAGCUAGAGCGACGCCUUCUAGAUUUGGAGGAGAGACGGCUGAGGAUGAAAAUGCGGCAUACCGAAGAAUUGCUACGCUUGGAGGAAUCUUUUGACAGCGAUUCAUCCUUGUCAGACAAUGGAGAACGAACCUCGCAAUGGGCGGAACAACAGUUGAACGCAGCACCUGAUGAAUGCGAAGAGGAGCCGCAGCGUAGCCGGUCGGCCGAUAUGGUGCAACGAGUGCCUACCAACAACCCGGCCACAGCGUCAGGACAGCAGAGUGAGUAUCUGGCUCAGCCACAACGCGAUGCGCAGGUCCGCGCCAGGGAACAGCAGCAACGCCUCCAGCAGGUUCCAGUCUCGGAGCGGCAGCUGUGCGAGCAGUUUAUCGGCAUGGAUAUGCAGCAGCGGGCUGUGUUGCAGCAGCAGCGGUGUGGUGCGUUCCCCGUCCAGGCGCAAGGCCCCGCGCAGGUUCCCGAUACGCAGCAGCAGCGGAGUGGUGUGUACCCCGUCCAGGUGCAAGGCCCCGUGCAGGUUCCCGAUUCGCAGCAGCAGCGGUGUGACGUGUACCCCGCCCAGGUGCAAGGCCCCGUGCAGGUUCCCGAUUACCAGCAGCAGCGGUGUGAUGUGUACCCCGUCCAGGUGCAAGGCCCCGCGCAGGUUUCCGAUACGCAGCAGCAGCGGAGUGGUGUGUACCCCGUCCAGGUGCAAGGCCCCGUGCAGGUUCCCGAUUACCAGCAGCAGCGGUGUGAUGUGUACCCCGUCCAGGUGCAAGGCCCCGCGCAGGUUUCCGAUACGCAGCAGCAGCGGAGUGGUGUGUACCCCGUCCAGGUGCAAGGCCCCGUGCAGGUUCCCGAUUACCAGCAGCAGCGGUGUGAUGUGUACCCCGUCCAGGUGCAAGGCCCCGUGCAGGUUCCCGAUUACCAGCAGCAGCGGUGUGGCGUGUACCCCGUCCAGGUGCAAGGCCCCGUGCAGGUUCCCGAUAUGCAGCAGCAACGGAGUGGUGUGUACCCCGUCCAGGUGCAAGGCCCCGUGCAGGUUCCCGAUUAUCAGCAGAAGCGACGUGGUGUGUACCCCGCCCAGGUACACACCCAGGAGAAUGUUCCUUUGUUGGAGGAGCAUAAAUGUAGCCCGUACCCCGUCCAGGUACGAUGCAACGCGCAGUCGUGCGACACGUAUAGGAAGGAGUCCAGUGCGUACCCCGCCCAGGUACAAUUACGUGCACAAGUUCCCGGUACGGAGCAGCAAAUGUAUGGUGCCUACUCCAGCCAGGUACAACAGCAACCACAUUUUAGAGUUGCGGAUCCGGCAUACCCCGUCAUGCGUCCCGAACAGAUGCAACCAUCUUACUUGGAAGGUAUUGCCCCGCAACAGCUUGUAGGAGCGCGAACAGUACAAAGCUUAAAGCUGCCCGUGCAGGGUCUAGAUCCUUGCUUGAUAAGCAAGUAUGAGCAUCUCCGAGAUAUUCCGGUACUGAAUUAUGGCCCUGCUGAACCUAAGGUGCUCAUUGGUAUACAGAACAUCAACCUAAUAGCCCCUAUCGAGAGUCGAAUAGCGUUGCUGAACAAAACUGCAGCUUAA